AUGCAAGCGAAUGCAAUGAUGGGUUCUUUGCUACAACCUGUUUGGACCAAGGGGGUCAUUUUCCCUGCAAAAGGAUAUGUUGCAGUGUUUCAAAAAUGGCAUUCAGUUUGGUUGGUUCCUGCCCCACAAACUAGUACUCAGAAGGAUUACCGCGUAAAAGAUGAAGUAGGUACUUUUCUUAUGAUGGAUAUGGCUCAUACAAGUGGGCUUGUUGCUGCUGCAUCUGUACUUGCUAAUCCCUUUGAGUACUGUGAUAUUCAAGAUUUUGCCUUGAGAGAUUUUUAUUCUUUAAGAGGUCCAAGAGGUGGUAUGAUAUUCUUCAAGAAAGAUUCUGUGCAUGGGGUUGAGCUGGAGUCUGCCAUUAACAAUGUUGUUUUUCCCGGUCUAAGAGAAGAUGAGUUUGUCCGCUUUAUCUUAGUUUGUGAUUUCGAUAGUGGUGUUGAUGGUGCUCGGGUGGAGAAAAUUCUUGACAUGGCUUACAUUAUCCUCAACAAAAAUUCAGUGCCCGGUGAGACUCUUAUUGCCUUGUUGCUUGUGUGCAUCGGUGAUAAGAGUGCCUUAGUUCCUGGAGGCAUUCGCACUGGGGCACCUGCAAUGACAACAAGAGAGGACUUAUUUGUAUUGUCUACUGAAUUUCCUUUGGUAGAUGAGGUUUCAGGGUUGCGUCGAAAAGUUGAAGUUCUUACUACUCGGUAUCCAAUGCCGGGAGUCUAA